GUUCGACCGGAAAUCUUAUAUUUGGCGUUACUGCUGAAAGAUAUGGCUGCAUACAUUGUAUUAGCCUGCUAACUCGACGUUUACGUUUGACAUAAGCUUAAUUAUUCGACCAACGUUUUGAAAUUGUAUGAUAACAAAGAAGUUAUAUCGCUUCUGUAGACACAAACAAAUCGUUAACCAUGUUAACGACUUUCUGAGUUUUGUAAAUCACGUUAGCUACCAAGCUAUACAAAGGAGAAACCAGUUAGCCAGCUACUAGCCUAGCUAGUGCUAGGUGGCUAGCUAGUUUAGCUCCUUACGAAGUGUUUUAUUGUUAUUUUGUUACCAGCUAGAUUAAAAAAAAACAUAGCUGGAUACAUUUGCUGGUGUUACAAAGAAAAAGCGUCUAUCGAGCCUCAAUGCCCGAACAAGGCCCAAGGAUGAAUGGUUUUUCCCUCGGCGAACUAUGCUGGCUAUUCUGUUGCCCGCCCUGUCCCAGUCGCAUCGCAUCCAAACUAGCCUUUCUCCCUCCCGAACCCACGUACUCCGUACACACCGAUGCUAACGGGACGAGUAGCCUGCAUCUAACCGAGCGAGCAGACUGGCAGUACUCCCAACGCGAACUGGACGCUGUCGAGGUGUUCAAUACCAGAACCAGUCGGGGAAACCGACUGGGUUGCAUGUUUGUACGAUGCGCACCCAACAGCCGGUACACGUUACUCUUUUCCCACGGUAACGCAGUGGACUUAGGCCAAAUGUGCAGUUUCUACAUCGGCCUCGGUUCGAGGAUAAACUGCAACGUCUUCUCGUAUGAUUAUUCGGGCUACGGUGUCAGCAGCGGGAAACCGUCAGAAAAGAACCUGUAUGCGGACAUCGAGGCUGCCUGGCAGGUGCUAAGGAACAAGUAUGGAGUGACCCCAGAGAACAUCAUCCUGUACGGCCAGAGCAUCGGCACGGUACCCACGGUGGAUCUGGCGGCGCGCUACGAGUGUGCUGCCGUCAUCCUGCACUCACCUCUUAUGUCCGGCCUGCGAGUGGCCUUCCCUGACACACGCAAGACCUACUGCUUCGACGCCUUCCCCAGCAUCGACAAGGUGUCCAAGGUGGCGUCGCCGGUGCUGGUGAUCCACGGCACGGAGGAUGAGGUGAUCGACUUCUCGCACGGCCUGGCUAUGUACGAGCGCUGCCCGCGUGCUGUGGAGCCCCUGUGGGUGGAGGGCGCCGGGCACAACGACAUCGAGCUCUACGCCCAGUACUUGGAGCGACUCAAGCAGUUCAUCUCCAUCGAGCUGCCCACAUCCUGAUCUCCCUUGGCCUCCUCCACUAAAACCUAGAGGGGGGCUGCGUAUCAAGUCUAAAAUGGCUUCCUUUUUUCUUUCCUUGAUCUGUGCAGAGAGAAGUGGAUUGGUGGAAAUUUGAUACCUGAAAUCCACCAUGUUGGUUUGUAUUGUUUAUCGGUACAGAUGUUGGAGAGGAGGGGAGGAAGUGUUGAAAUGCUUCCCCCAGGGCUUAACCAGGUCAGGCUGAGCUGAGCCAGGCCAAGGCAUCCCCGGCGCUCAUAUGUGGACAGGUCUCUUUGCCAAGGAGCUAGGGCCCCCUCAGUAUAUGCACUUGCUCUUCAAUCUGGAUCUCGAUUUGAUUCUCCUCUCUCUCUCUGUCUCUCUCUCUGUCUCUCUGUCUGUCUCUCUGUCUGUCUCUCUGUCUGUCUCUCUGUCUGUCUCUCUGUCUGUCUCUCUGUCUGUCUCUCUGUCUGUCUCUCUGUCUGUCUCUCUGUGAUAAAUUCCAUCUGCGAUCUUGUUCUCUCUAUUUCAUCUGUUUCUCUGUCUUUUAUGCUCAUGAUUGAUUGACUUUGUAUUUUAUACCUGAUGAAGAACAAUCUGUUUUGCACCACAGAUACAUGAUUGAUGUUCUUGCUUGUUUGUUUUUGUUUAAAAUCGUUUUGUCUUUUUCUUUCAUUCAGGGUGAAUUCAAACGAAUGCACUUUUAUUGUGCAGAUAUUUUCAGGUAAUCAAACUAUGUUUUUUGUUAUCUUAUUGACAUUCCAUGUGUUUCACAACACAGAGAAACUCAUUCCCAUCUUGUUUUCAAGGCCAGUGUGUGUGACCGUGUGAUAGAUGGGUGUGGUUGAAAAACGUCAUUACCCAGCUCACCCCUGGGUGUCUCACCUCUGUAACAGUGCUCUUGUUAACUGGAGGUCAUGUGGAAAGGAGGGCCAGGUGUUUUUCCUCAACUGGGGUUUUCAGUGAGGGACACCACCUGACCCUAAUGAUGACACUAGGCCAUGUAUCAAAUAAAAACACACCUACAAUGUACUGUAAUUGAACCUGUGUCCCAGGACAGAAUCAGCCCCUGACCUCGCGGCCUGGAUUUGAACACCCCUAUGCAGAAUCCCAAAUCAACCCCAAGCCAGAACUGUCUCUAGAUGACACCUGAUCAACCUCUAGCCAGUACUGUCUCUAGAUGACACCUGAUCAACCCCUAGCCAGUACUGUCUCUAGAUGACACCUGAUCAACCUCUAGCCAGUACUGUCUCUAGAUGACACCUGAUCAACCUCUAGCCAGUACUGUCUCUAGAUGACACCUGAUCAACCCCUAGCCAGUACUGUCUCUAGAUGACACCUGAUCAACCUCUAGCCAGUACUGUCUCUAGAUGACACCUGAUCAACCCCUAGCCAGUACUGUCUCUAGAUGACACCUGAUCAACCCCUAGCCAGUACUGUCUCUAGAUGACACCUGAUCAACCCCUAGCCAGUACUGUCUCUAGAUGACACCUGAUCAACCCCUAGCCAGUACUGUCUCUAGAUGACACCUGAUCAACCUCUAGCCAGUACUGUCUCUAGAUGACACCUGAUCAACCCCUAGCCAGUACUGUCUCUAGAUGACACCUGAUCAACCCCUAGCCAGUACUGUCUCUAGAUGACACCUGAUCAACUCCUAGCCAGUACUGUCUCUAGAUGACACACCUGAUCAACUCCUAGCCAGUACUGUCUCUAGAUGACACACCUGAUCAACCCCUAGCCAGUACUGUCUCUAGAUGACACACCUGAUCAACCCCUAGCCAGUACUGUCUCUUGAUGACACCUGAUCAACCCUUAGCCAGUACUGUCUCUAGAUGACACCUGAUCAACUCCUAGCCAGUACUGUCUCUAGAUGACACCUGAUCAACCCCUAGCCAGUACUGUCUCUAGACACACCUGAUCAACUCCUAGCCAGUACUGUCUCUAGAUGACACACCUGAUCAACUCCUAGCCAGUACUGUCUCUAGAUGACACACCUGAUCAACUCCUAGCCAGUACUGUCUCUAGACACACCUGAUCAACCCCUAGCCAGUACUGUCUCUAGAUGACACACCUGAUCAACCCCUAGCCAGUACUGUCUCUAGAUGACACACCUGAUCAACUCCUAGCCAGUACUGUCUCUAGACACACCUGAUCAACUCCUAGCCAGUACUGUCUCUAGAUGACACACCUGAUCAACUCCUAGCCAGUACUGUCUCUAGAUGACACACCUGAUCAACUCCUAGCCAGUACUGUCUCUAGAUGACACACCUGAUCAACUCCUAGCCAGUACUGUCUCUAGAUGACACACCUGAUCAACUCCUAGCCAGUACUGUCUCUAGAUGACACACCUGAUCAACUCCUAGCCAGUACUGUCUCUAGAUGACACCUGUAGAUCUGAAAGGAGCAGAUUUAAGCAGUAUUCAUGUUUUUCUGCCUUGCUUUUCAGAGGAUUUUUUACCAUAUUUCUAAGACCUAUCCAUUCAUUUCAGAUCUAGAGGUAUGCCUUGGGCGUAGGAGUUGAUUUGGAAUUCGGCACCAGUGUAGAUGUUUUUCUUCAGAAGUUUUCCAUGAAGCCAUUUUGUUUGUCUGUUUAAAAUUAAGAUUGUGUUUAACGUAAAUGCUUUGGGUUGCUUUUUAGCAGUAUGUAUCUGUUCCUUUCAUUUCAACACUACAAAUAAAGCCUUAAGUCUGUGGACAUUUCACCCUAACAUUCCUGUCGACUUGAGUUGGGGAGUCUCAUGGUCUGCAGGGGGACUGACUGCUGCUAUCGGUUCGGUUGGAGGGAUCUUCUCAAUCACUGUGAAAAGAUGUUUUGGGGUAAUACUGAUCAAAAAGGUACUUCACCUAAUGCAAUCUCAAUGAGUCUUCACAUGUAGAUGAGAGAUUUUUGAGCCAUUUCACCACCUUUUGCAGAUUCUGGCUGUAUCCCUUUUUCCUGGGGGUAAGGGGGGAUUCCCCCCCCAACAGACCCCUUCCCUGCUCCCCAUCUCGUUUCACUCCAAAGAACUCUGCAAGUGUCACCAAGACUACGUUUUGGAAGAAACACUGCAUGCAAACAACUUUUCAUAAAGGACAUUUUGAGUGUAGAGAGUGUAGAAGCCAAAGGAAUCACUGGGUUGAAGUAUUCUGCAGAUGUUCUCAGCUGGAAAAAGAGAAACACUACACUGCUCACAGUGUCCUUUUCGAAGGAGGAGGUACAAUUGAAGGAUAUGUACGUAGCAACUUGUGAUUAACGUUUUGACUGACCAGUGUAUUGCUGUGUGGUGAUGGCUGUAUUUUGCGGUCGUGGUUGGGUUUUCGUGUGAUGAGUAAAAGAUUCUAGUGUUUUCUCGUCAUAACUUACUAAGGGGCCUAUGUUUUGACAGCAAGCCCUUUAACUUAACAUCUAGUUUUUUCUGCUUGUCUUUUUAAAAAAAAUUAAACUGCUUUAGUCCCAUUUUAUUGUUUUGAUACUGACAUUUUUACAAUGUUAUUUUCCAGUAAAUGUUGAUAGAUUUACACUAAUGCUGGUUUGUCAGAACCAUAUGUAAUGUAUCUAUAUAUCCUCUAUACAUAAUAUAAAACAUUGAUUUAAGGGCUAUUCUAGCCUACUUGAGUUUAACACUGGAGUCACAGUAUGCAAAUCUAAUGCAUAAAAAAAACUAGUGGGUACAGAGGUUUAUUAGUGUUAAACUGACAAAGAAAAAGCCUUAAAUGUGCCGUGCUACAGAUUGUCAUUCAUGUUGGCUGUGUUGCUUUCUGGCAACACGGUGGAUGUUUUAAUGCUUAAUGGAAUAAAGAAUGCAUGGAAUUACA